AUGGACAAUUUAUACGCAAAUUUAUUUUUAAUUAAUAAUAUUGAAGAUCAAGUAAACGCGAUACAACAUGUCAGGAUGAUGAAAGAAAAACCUAUGGAUCCAUUUAUGUUGUCAGACAGAUUAUUUGUUAAAAGUUUUAGAUUAUCAAAAUAUCUUGCAAAUCAGUUAAUAGAAAUGUUAAGACCACUAAUUGAAGACGCUAAUCGUUCAUCGGCAAUUGAUUUAAAAACAAAAGUACUCGUUGCAUUACACUUUUUUGGCACUGGUUCUUACCAAACACCAAUGGGUCAUAGUCGAUUUACUGCUCUAUCGCAAUCUUCUGUAUCUCGAUGCAUAAAUGAAGUUGUAAAUGCUCUUAAUCAUCCUGAUAUUUUCAACUUAUGGGUUAAGUUUCCAUCAAAUAUAUACGAACUUGACCAAGUUCGAAAAAAAUUUUAUACGAAAACAAGAUUUCCAGGAGUUAUUGGUUGCAUUGACUGCACUCAUGUUGCAUUAGUACCACCAUCUUCAAAUUUAAAUUUAAUAGAAAACCAACACCCUGAGUACAUUUAUGUAAAUCGUAAAUGCUACCAUUCUAUAAAUGUCCAACUAAUUUGUGAUUCAGAUUUGAAAAUACUAAAUGUUAAUGCAUUGUUUCCCGGAAGCACACAUGAUUCUCAUGUUUGGAAUAAUUCUAGUGUCUUACCAUUACUUCAAGAUCUAUAUACAAAUGGUCUUAAUAAUAUUUACUUGUUAGGGGAUUCAGGCUACCCAUUACGUCCAUGGAUGCUAACUCCCAUUGCAAAUCCAACUACUGAAGCCGAGGAAUAUUUUAAUAAACAACAAAUGUCCACUAGAAGUAUCAUUGAACGUUGCAAUGGAGUUCUAAAGGGACGUUUUAGAUGUCUUCUAAAAGAUCGAACUCUGCAUUACAAACCAGAGAAAGUAUCACAAAUAAUUAAUGCUUGUGUUGUUCUUCACAAUCUAUGUAUAACGUACAAUCUUCCUGAAUUUGUGGAUGGAGAAAAUAUAACUGAUUUUGGCAUAUACCAAGCUCCACUGGGUGUUGCAGAAAACAAUGAUUUAAAUUUAAGAAACAGAGAUUUAAUGAUGGGAAGGAGACAAAGACAAAAAAUUAUUCAACUUUUACAAAAUAGAAAUAAUAGGGAAGAAAUAUAA